UACAAGAUCAGGUCUGUGUCUAACAAGUGAAAGUUUACCAGUGGCCAGUGAGGAUGGCGUCCGAAUCGACAGAGGCGAAGGUUGCCCGCCACAAUAAGCAACCCAACAUCACUUUUACCUUACCUAUGUCAUGCCAGAUUUGUCUUGGAAAGGUAAAACAGCCGGUGCUGUGCCCCAACUUCCAUGUGUUCUGUCAGCUGUGUCUGGACAUUUGGCUAGAGAGAAACAAUCAGUGUCCAGCAUGCCGAGUACAGAUCGGGCCAUCCAACCCGAUCAAGCACAUCAUUGGAGGUCAGCUGGUGGAGGAGUCCCAGAAAUGCCAGAGCACGCCCGACUUGAGGAGGGCCCGUCUGGACCUGCUGUACCGGGAGUACGAGGACCAGAUGGAGGGGCUGAGGAAGGAAAACCUCGUUCUGAGAACGGAGAACGACAUCCUCAGCGCACAGCUCAAAGAGGCGGAUGUGGAGAUAGAGAAGUACAAAAGUGGUCAGGGUCAGAGGUCAUCGAUGGAGGAGGAUGGGGAGGGGGGCCCGGGGGCGUCGUCUGCUUCGUCUGGCAGAGGAGGACGCCAGCAGGACGGGCCCAGCUUGCUUCAGUUGACAAAGAAUUUGAAAGAGGCGCAAAAGUUGUACUCGGAGAUUAAAGAUGAAAUGUCCAAACUGAGAAGGGAAAACGGCAAGUUGAAAGACGAAAACGUGAACCUAACCCGAGAAAAUGAUAACCUCCGCUUGGAGAUAGCUCAGAGGUCGCCCAAAAAGUUUGGCCGUUUCACUGUGGCCACUUUGGAAACAAAGCUGUCAGAAUUGGAGAAGGAAGUGCGUCAGUUGACCAGCGCACUCGAACGCAGCGAUUCUUAUAUCGAGGAGUUGGAGUUGGAGAUCAAGGCGCUCUCCAAAGUGAACAAAGAGCUGAAAGAUGCCCAGGCGGCCCAGAAUCCGGGUGGUAAAUUCCCGGUAUCUGCAACUGCGGCUGGGAUGUCUGCUUCAUCGUCGUCAUCAUCCUUGUUAUCGUUAUUGUCCCGACAUGAUGAAAAUGGUGGACAUAAGGGGAUGGGGGCUGGACACAAAAAGUUUCCAUUUCAUCUUGACAAGGGUGGUCAGGAGCCAGGUAAAAGUAUCCUGAGUAGUCGCAGUGUGGGGAACGAACUGGCACGGGGUGGUGGUGAAGUUCAUGGUGAUGUAUCGGCACCAACGACGAAGCGAGUUUUGUUUGCGGCAGAUGCUGGAGGAGGAAGUAACUCUGAAAUGCGAGGGUCAGAACCUCGGAAUGGUUUUACAUCUGCUGGUGGUCUCAGUUCAGGAGAUGGUACUACUAAAGCCAAAAGGGGACUCUUUGGCAAACCUGUAAAGAGUUACGAAGGUAAUAACGACUUGUCUGAACAGAGGAAGAAAAGUUUGUUUGCUGGGGAAGGUGAAGAUAACACUGGAGCAAGAGGGCUCGAGUCUCAAAAUGGUUUUGCGUCCGAGCUUCACGCUCCGCAAAACGGAACAAGGGGCAAAAAAAUGCUUUUUGGUAAACCAGUAGCUUCUGAUGAUGUAGAUUCUCAGGUAGUGGGAGAGGGAAAGGAAAAGCCUGCGAAAAGAGUUCACUUUAGUGUGAGUGGAGAAGCAAGUGGUGAGGCACCUUCAUUUGACCUGGAGAUGCCGAGCCCUUAUGAGGGGUCAUCGUCAUCCUCCCAUACACAAAGGAUUAACGACCCUGGCUUUUCUUUUCCACCCAUGCAAACAUCUUCGGGUGAAAAACCUCGCGGUGCAGCAACACAGGAUAUAUCGGAGGCGACAUCGGAAUUUGAUCGUCACAUUGUGAACUUGCUGCAGAAAGCCAAUGCUGUACCUAAGACAAAUUUUAGACAAACGGAAGGUGAGGAGAGGUCAUUGUCGGGGGAUCAAAGCUCACAUGUGUCUGUUCGGAGCGUUGACGAUAGUAGUCAUCUGAGUGGGCCCGAUGAUGAUGAUCGUCGUAGCAACAGCAGGGCUACAACUACGAGCACACGACAGGGUGCGAGGAGGGAAUCUGAUGCCAGUCGUCACCUUGAAGGUGAAGGCCACGUGAAGCAGGAGUUUGGUGAUCUUGAUGUUUCGAUGACGCCAGAACUCAACGACUGCCUGCGGCUGAUGGAUCGGGCGGAGAAGAACAUGCAAGGGGUACCACGGGCCCUGGGAUCAAACAGCACGUCAUUGACGGCUUCUUCGGGGUUUGCGUUAUCGUCCAGCUCUUCAGGAGUGGUUGGUGCCAGCGGUCAGACUGGUAAUCCUCCAGGGGUGGAUGCUAUAGGCAAUGGGGGAUAUAGUCAUUCUCUCAAGCCCGUGUCUAACCUUCGAAUUCCCUCAUCCACUCGUCAUAAAGCAUCCGCUGUUGUGGCCGGUCAUGGGGAAGGCUUUUCAUCAUCAGGUACCGUAGCUAUGUGGCAGCAAGAGUUCUACAGCUCCCUGAGAACAAACCCUUACAAGAUGAGUGGAAGUUCAAACGUGCCACCUUUCACUCGCUAUGGUAGCCACUCGGGCGGUGGUGGUGGAAGUCAUGAAAGUUUUUCCACCCAGGAGAAAUUUCCUCUCUCCUCCUCCUCCCAUGGGGACUAUAACGAUAGCAUUCCAGCAUCUUAUGGAGACUUUAAACAGACUUUUUUGUCGUCUUCUGUUAGAAAUGGGUCAACCUCCCAUUCAUCGUCCUCUUCACACCCAAACUUUACAUCCCACACAGCAGCCACUAGUGUUCAUCUUCCAUCUUCUGUAGCAGCAUCUUCAUCUUCUUCUCACCCUUCAUCAACACUUGGCGCCCACUACCACCCUCAUGUGUCCAGCUCAGCGAUGUCCAUGACUAAUCAGGAGCCAGCGCCUUACGAGUCCUAUCAGCCCUCAUCUGCGAUUGGCUCUCUCUCUACGGUCAGAUCAGCCGACAUCCCAUCGUUAUCUCGACGCUAUCGAAAUAAAUCUCAGGACAGUUCAGACCUUGAAUGGCCGGAUGGCGUUUCUAACAUCAAAUCAAAUUUUCCAGUUGAUGUGUCUGAUAUAAAAACAGAAGUUCUAGAUCCUGAAUUUCCGGACCACAGCAUGUCUGACAUAAGGCCAGAGUGGCCGGAUGUGUCCAACAUCAAAACUGAGUGGCCCGACGAGGUAGAUGGCUCGCCUCCAUCCACGGCCCGCUCGCUCAACGAUUCCUUUACGGUUCCUGCACCCCUGUCUUCUUCUUCCUCUAAAGGAAAAAUAGGGUUGAAGAAAAAAAAGGCUAGAGGGAUUUUGAAGAAAGGCAUUGGUGGUGCGGGGAAAGUGAACAAGCCGAAGAAGAAAGUAGCGGUGAAAAGCAUGGUGACAGAUGACAGUUAUCUGUCUGAGCCCGGGUCUGCACGGUCAGGGAGCGGGUCAGGUGAUCUCUCAGAUUUCCUGGCCGAGCCCAAGAGACGUCUCAGUGACAUUGAGGAUGAUUUUGACCUUGACAUCAGUCCGAACAAAACAACAAGGAGAUAAUAGGUCCGAUAACGUCAAAGUCAUAGCACAGUUGCCUGGCUCAAUUUUUGUUUUGGGAAAAGUUUUAAAAAAAUUUUCACACUUUAAGUCACUUUUUCUUCUUCGAUCAAAAGAAAAAUGUCUCAAUAAUUAGAUUUCUAUUUAUAGCUCACAAAACGAACCCCUGUUAUAUUGAGAAAAUGAAACAGGUAACAUACUGACAAUCACAAACUGAAAAAAAACUACUUGGGCAACUGUAUGAUGACCAUGAUGAUGUGAUCUCAGAGAUGAAAUUUGACCUUGACAUCCGCCCAAAUAUAACGACCAGGAGAUGGUAGUUCUGAUGAAUGUUGGUCGUUUACAUAACAUACGAUAAUGUUAAAGACAGAAAUGUGUCCUCUGAUGAAUGCUGUUCAUUUCUUAAACACACAAUAAUGCCAAAGAGAGAAAUGUGUCCUGGCAGUACCAUCUGAUCUCAGUGUGUGGUCAGAUGAACUGAGAGAAAACAUUAAUGCCGUACUUUUUUUUUUGGUGGUGCUGAAAUGCCAUGGACCAGCUGGAUAAAUGUUUUUGGUUUAUCUUUUUUUUCAUCUGUCAAAAUGAGAGUAUAAAGUUCUUAAGUUAUGAUUGUACAGACAUAGCUACUGGCUUCAAUUUCAAAUGUCAGUGUUAUGGGUAGGCCAUUCACCAUUGCUUGCUUAUGAUGCGAAUUUGAUUCUCAAGACGAGAAAUUGAUCUGUCUUGUAUCUCUGUCUGUUUGUUUGGAUGCUGUAUCUCACUCAGCCUGGAUUGAUCCCGAAAGGCAGAGUCCAAGAAGCCCACCUCUUAUAUGAUCUUAAGUGUGCCAAUAGGGGUGUAUGUACGACAUUUACGGUCUUUAAAAUGGCACGGUGGCUUGAGAAGUUUUAUUUUUAAAUCGAAUGUCUUCAUCUGUCUGCUGGGGUGCUUUUUUCCCCAGUCUCUUGCCAAUUUCUAUGCAAAUGACACCAUGUGAUCGGUAGAAUGAGAUUAACUUGAUUUAUUUGUUGUUACUGUAUGUUUUUUUAUGUUUUUCAGUGCGUUUGUGUGGGGGUUUGAUUAAGGUGUGGAAAAGUUGUUUUAUCGUUUAUAUUGUAGGUUUUAACUAACUUGGAUUUAGAUCUAGAUCUAGAUCUAGUUUUGUGUUACUCCUCGCUGGGCCCAGCUCAUCUGUCCUCUGUACUUCUCUCCAGUCCCCCGUGAGUAGUCACGGGCUGAAUGUAAUGUUUGCCACAUUGGAUUUUGGAAGGCCAAACCGUGGCUUACAAUACCCUCCUCCCAGUGCCGCGCACGACAUACUUUUAUUAUGCACGGAGUUGAUCGAGUUUAUAAGUCCAACCGGCUCAGUGGUCGGGGAAUCCGACCCGAGCGUGUGGCUGAAGGUGUGUUGUCUAUUGUCAUGACAUGUGCCGCUUUAAGGUCAAUUGACACCUUGUUAUGCUUGCCAUUAAUGUCCAGAACGAAAUAUUUGGGAUGUGUUUUAAUGAUUCUAUACAGUCCAUCGUAUGGUCUUUGCUGUGGUCUAUGUACUGAAACAUGUCUGACGUACGCAGAACCUGUAGCUUCCAGAUUUUUAGGAAUGUAUUCAGCCCUGGUACCAUGAUAGUCUGUCAGGGUUGAUUGAGCUUUGCGCAUUGUUUCUUGCAGAUUCCUCAGAAACGCUGAGUCUGGCUGAACAGAUCAAAUGUCUUCUGUUAGGAAAAAUUCUCUUGGAAGCCUCAGUGUGGUUCCGUAAACCAGUUUGGCUGGUGAGCAGUCAGGUUCAAGCCGCCAGGCUGAUCUGAUGCCAAGUAGUGUGAUGGGUAAAGAGUCAUACCAGUUGUUACCUGUCAAUCUGGCUUUCAAGAUGCUUUCAGCUGUCGAUGAAAAUGUUCAACUAGGCCAUUGGCCUGUUGGUGGUAUGAGGUUGUGGUUUGUUGUGAUAUUCCCAAUAAUUUCUUGAAAUUCUCCCAUAAGGCUGAAGUAAAUUGUGGUCUGUGAUUGGAGGUAAUGUCGUCUGGAACUCCAAACCGUGCGACCCCGUUGUGUAAGAGAGCAGAGGCGCGUGUUGUGGCUUGUGCAUCUUGAAGGGGAAUAGCUUCCGGCCAUCUCGUAAAGAUGUAUGUCAUACCUUGGCUUACUGGUAAUGGCCCUACCAGGUCCACAUGAAUACUUCUAAAUCUUGGUGAAGGUAUGUCUCUUGGCACCAGUGGAGCCUGAGUGUGGCAAUGAAUUUUGGAGGCUUGGCAAGAAUGACAUUCCUUGCACCACUGGCAGAUUUGGUGCUACAUACCAUGCCUGACAAAUUGCUGAGUUAUGAACUUUUGUGUUGGUUUCACUCCAGCAUGUGACAAGUUGUGGAUAUUGUUGAAAACGUGACGAGUCCACGAUGACGGAACCACUGGUCUUGCUGUCCCUGUAGACACAUUGCUGUAAAUAUAGCUGAACUCUAGGCCUGUGUUGUCUUGCAAGUGGGGUUCCAUUUCUCCCCAUUCAGCCUGUGCCUUUGCCAACUGACAGUAGCUGUCUAUAGCCGCUUGCCCUGGCCGUGUUGGUUGUGUAGCGGACACCUGAUUGAUUCAGGACAGGGCAUCUGCUACCACAUUGAACUUUCCUUUGAUGUGACAGAUGUUGGUUGUAAACUCAGCAAUGUAAGACAAUUGACGCGCCUGCCUAGGGGAUCAGUCUGUGUGAUAUCCAAUGGCUGAUGUGAGUGGUUUGUGAUACAGAGUGAAUGUCCGACCUUCUAGAAAAUGCCUGAAAUGCUUGAUGGCACUGAAAGCGGCCAAGAGUUGUCUGUCAAAGGCACUGUAUUUCUUUUCUGCUUCUGAAAAUUUUCUUGAGAAGAAUGCGAGUGGUACCUAGAGUCUCCCUAUGCGCUGUUCAAGUUGUACUCUGACGGCAUUGUUGGAUGCAUCCACUUUUACACUGGUUGGUGCACCUGGAUUGGGGUGGUGUAACAAAACUGCUGCUCCCAAAAUUUCUUUGCACUUAACAAAUGCUUCUUGGCAGGCGUCAUCCCAGGCGAUCUUCUGUCCUUUUCCUUUUGAUUGCUUGUGCAAUGGGUCCAGGACAGCAGCUAUGUUGGGCAGAAAACGGUAAUAGUUUAUCAUUCCAAGGAAGCCUUGUAGGGCACUUUGAUCUCUGGGCGCAGGAGCAUUCAGUAGGUCUUUGAUCCGGUUGGGAAGUGGUUGAACUCCUUGGGAUGGGACUCUGUGACCUAGAAAGUCUAGGGAAUCUGCACCAAAAACACAUUUUGAUUUGUUGAUGACGAGGCCGUUUGCUUGAAGUACGUCAAAUAUUUGUUUGAGAUUUGAACAGAAGGUUCUUGGGUGCUUUGCAGUGUCAGUGGAAGACUCUCAGAAGUUAUCAGUCGACGACCUUUCAAAUCUAUCACCGAACCAUGUUUGAUGAAGAAAUUGGCUCCAAGGAUAGGUCUAGUUACAUCCACCAGAAAAAAAAAUGUGAGAAAACUUUGUUUUAAGACUGAUUUCUAGAAACAUUUCUUUCUUACCCCUUGUGGCUAUUUUGGUGCCAUUUGCUGCUGACAAAGGUUCUGUAGCGCACCCUUGUCUGUCUGUGAGAGAGACUGGGUUAACUGAGACCUCAUCGUUUAGCGCGUUGAUGCGUCUUAAGAGGGCCGUGGGCUUCCUAUCCCCCAAACCAUUGAGGUUCAGCAGUUCUAGGUCUUUUUGAGCUUGAGAUUUGCCUAAUGGGACCUUUUUUAAGUGCUCGUAUUUCCCGUUUUCAGGAGGAUUCAACAACUCAGCUUGUAUCUCUUCUGCGGUGUCCAUGUCCAGGGUGCUAGCCACGUAAUCAUAUCUUGUCUGGUCUUUUUUAGUACCGAACUGUGCUUCGACACAAGCGAACCUGACCUCUGGUACUCCUCGCUGGGCCCAGCUCAUCUGUCCUCUGUUCUUCUCUCCAGCCUGUCUGCCACAGGAAGUCCCCCAUGAGUAGUCACGGGCUGAAUGUAAUGUUUGCCACAUUGGAUUUUAGAAGGCCAAUCCUUGGCCUACAAUAUCUUAUCUGUGUACUGGGAUGCUAUAUUAUUGCAUUCAGCUUUGGUUCCCACUGAAAAACAGGGUCCUAGUCUAAUCAGCUUGCCUUUUCUAUGAUCUACAUUGUGUCGAUGGGGGAAAUUGUGUCGCUGCAGUCACAGCAGAGAGCAAAGUGUUUCCUUCGUGAAUCUAAACAAUUUCUUUACACUUCCAUUUGAAAGACACCUAUACUGCCUUCAUUUUAAAAAAGUAAAGUAUAUGCUGGAAUGUCUACUUACAUUGAUGAAUAUCCUUGUCAUCCUGGAGGGAAAGACAUUGGGCAUAAAUGUUUGUUCUUUGAGUGCAGUUUUCUUCAGUUGUUGUUAUGCUUGAUGUUUGUAAAAGAAAUGAAUUGUGAAUAAUGUAUAGAUUUGUGAGUGUAGGUUGCUCCAUUUCAUAUUGUCUUUGAUGAAAGAAACGAAUUGUGAAUGACGUAUUUCACUCUGAUGUAGGUGUUUUAUACGCCCCUGUUGACGUAAUUUAAGAUGCGGACUUUCACCCUGCCUUUCAAGGGCGACCUGGGCUUAGGUGAGGAAUAAAAUAUCCUGCAGAGCUGGGUGGGUGGGGAUGGGAGCUUGGCUGGAGUAUGGUGAUGGGAAAGGGGGGUGGAUGGGAUGAGGGGAUGAGAAAGGGACAAGGCGGUGGGAGUGGGGUAACAGAGGUUUCUGAGUAUGGAUAUAAUGGAAUAGGGGAAGAGGAGAGGAUGAGAGUAUCGAGAUGG